AAGAAAAUUUAUCUCCUUUUUCCGCGGUUCCAUUUUCAUUAAUUUUCCGCGUAGUUUUCCUUCAAAACAGCCUCCUCGCUUGCGCUUGUUUUAAGUGCAGUUCAAGGCGUGCCGGCACGAAUUAAUCGCCUGCUUUUGUGUCCAACAAGGCGCGUGUGUGUGUGCGGAUUCGCAAACAACAAUUUUUUUUGCGAGCAUCGGGGGUGGAGGGUUGAUAGUGCGACCGCUAUGGAAGUUUAGGUUCUUGGUUCCUUUUUUGCGAUUGCUUUGAUUUUACACGUUCACCAGAGGUCCGGGGCCGUGGCAAUAAUCGGUGCGAAAUUUUGCUGUGCGUGCAAAAUUUGCUCCAGAGUCAGGGAAAUCGCUGUUGCACCACGCCACGUUCUCGGUUGGUUUCGCGGUGGCCGUCGUUGAAAUCACAUGCGCGAAGUGAGGUGCGUUUGGUGCGAUACAGGGGGACGCGUCACGCAGUAGUAGCGAGUUGAAGGCGAAAGAUUGAUAAGGCGCGUUUGUUCGCUUGUGCCUCGGUCUCGGUGGAAGCGAAGAAGGUCAUACGAAUGUAAAAAACCCGCUAACGCAUCACCACGACCACGACGGUGCGUUUUUAUCAAUUCAUAAAGCGCGACACUAUCACCAGCAUCAUCGACAGUAGCACAAACAUACGGCCGAUCCACCGGCGAGCGACACACCACGUCCGGCAGACUGCACAGAUAUGGAACCAGCCGCCGCAACCUCAGCAGCAGCACCAGCAGCACCAACGCAGCAAGAGGAAGGAGGUGAACUUCCGGAACCUGCCGACGAAGCAAUCGUUUCCACCAGCGAUCAUCCGGACGGAAAACAAUCAACGGACGAACCAGACACGGUGCAGAGCAGUGGCAAGGAGACUGAAGCGGAGGAACUACCGCCGGCGGUACCUUCCGGAAGAGUUACGCCUGAAAAGCUAAAUGUUGCCGCCCAGCAACAGGAAGAUUGUGCCGAGCUGGAGGAGACGGUCGAGAUUGAAAGCUCACCGGAAAAGUCCUACACAGACCUAAAAGAUGCCACCGGUGUGCAAAGUCCUGAGGAAGAAAUAUUUUCUAUCGACGAGGAUGACGAUAAUGAGCAUCCCCAGCGUGAGGACGACGAUGAUUAUCUAGAGAUGGACGAGGAUGAGGAUGAAGACAUCUACGUCGAGACUACCGAUCGCAUCGGAUCGCACGAAUCGAUGGACAAUGAGUCGGAGAAGCAAGAGCUUAGCACCGACGAGUACACCGAUGAGGAUGAAAUCGUCAGCACCGAGAAGACGCCGACGAGGCGCGGAGAAAAACGUAAACUUUCCCGCGGAAGUGAUCGUGAGGAGGACGAGGAGCAGGAGCAUGACGAAGACGAAGAUGAAGCUGAAGAAGAGGAGGACGAUGAUGAUGUGGUGCAAGUAUUAACAGAUGAUGAUGAAGACGACGAUGAAGAGCCAGAUGAAGAUGAACCUGAAGAGGAGGACGAUGGUGUAGAUGCUGUAGCCGUGUCUCCUGAAAGCAAGUUGGUUAGAUUUCGUGCUAACUCCGACAGCAGUGACUCCCUGGCAGCGGAGAGUAAACCAAGAAUAAAAGUGAAAUACAGGAGCUACAAGCAGCGUUUUACGGCGACCGCACGGAAACGGGCCCUAAAAAUAUUAAACAAGCGAAGGAUGCACGUAAUGGAAGAGCGUAGCAAUCGGUUCCUUAUGUGUCCGGAUGAAGCCAUAUUUAUUGCGAAACCCGCUAUUGGGCUACCGAAAGUUAGCAAGCCUGAAGCGUGCGAGCAACCGAGCAUCCUAACCGGCAAGAGUACUACCGUUAGUGAAACCAAAGAAGCCACCGAGACGACGGUGGACAGCGAAGCUACACCAGGAAUCCCAUCACCGGUUGUUGGACGUAAGGAGGACGACAAAUCCUCAAACACAACUACCAUCUCUAGUACCACGACUCCCGAAGGCGACAAGAUGCCCACGGCGACGGCAAUGGAGCAGGUACCGGAGAGGAUCGCUGACUCAAGCGAUGAUGCGCUCUCUGCGCUUUCUUCGAAGAAAUCGGUCAUAGCGGCCACCACACCAACGGUCAAUAGUUCCGCAAGCACGGAACCGUCGCCAGCUGCUGAUGCACAACCUAAGGUGGCGACUGAUGAGGCAGUGAAGGUGAUUGACGAGAAGGAAUCAAACCAACAGGUCAUAACCGAAAGUAAGGCAAUUGAAUCGACAGUUCCUACCGUAGAGUCGAGUCCAGAAGGGACAGAUGGUAUUAAGUUGACCAAAAAUUACCCGGAAGAACACAAGGAAGAAGAGGAACAGCAACAGCAGUUAGAAGAGAGUAAGCAAGAUAGUUCUAAAUCGCCAUUAUCAUCCACUGACAAACAGGCAUCGGGGUCGGAUGAUACGUAUUCCGAGAAAUCCGAAGAUCGGUCCGAGGUUAGUGAAGAGAAUGAAUCGGAGGAGAGCGCCAUUGAUUUAUCGUCCUCUAGUGAUGAUAGCACACCACGAAAGGAGAAACGAUCCGGAACUGACUCGAGCAGUUCUGCACCAUCCAGAGAGCAGCAAUCGAAGGAAAUUGUUGCCAAGUGCACUUUGGAUGCGGUAAACAUGGGUAGCGGAGAAGAGGCUUCAAAGGAGAAUGAUGAUGGUGUCGUAACCUCGACACCGCUUGCAUCGAGUGACAAGAUACGCCAAAAGCGCGCAGAGCGGGCAGAACAAGCGAUGGAAGAGGAAGAACUACAAGUUAAGAAUGAAGUUGAUCAAACAACGGCGGUCAGUGGGUCGGAGCCGGAUGUGCAGAAUCUUUCCAAGGCGAAACCGCUGGCCAGAAGCAGCACGGUGGGUGAGGUUACUAAAGAAACUGCAUCUGCCAUGGAGCUGGAUCCUCCAUCAACAAGUCGAAAACGACGUCGCUCGGUAGACGAGGGAGGCAGCGAGUCGGCGACCACCAAUGUGCCAUCGGCAACGAUAACGGAUGAACCAAUGGAACCGGCUAAAAAGUUGAAGGUGGAUAUAGAAUCCAACUAUCAACGGCACGAGCGUGUGGUGAAUGAGUACAUUGAAUCGACACAGAACACCUCGGUCGAUGAAAUCCAAAGCCAUACGGAUUUGUUAGUGAAGGAGAUAGCGCAGCUCAAUGAGAUGAUUCGCGAUACUGAGACAAAGUGGAACAAUCUAUUGCACCUGAAAAAGGUAAAGGAAGAGAUAUUGCUACGGUUGAAUCGUCGGAAGCAUGUGAUCGGUAUUACGGAUACUCCGCUGGGUGAUUCUUCGGUGUACAAUCAUGUGGAUUCAUCAAACUUUACCAACCAUCAUCAAAAGCACCAUUCAGGGCAACGAUCAUCAUCCGUGGGCCCUAGACCCCCGACACCACCACCAGAGGUGGAGAUUCGUCCCGCAUCGGUGACGCUAACGUCGUCUAGCAGCAACUACAUUAACGGUGACACUUCCGGUCACUAUAGCAAUCCAAUGAUCUCUAACCGUGGCGGCAGCAGCAGCAGCAGCAACAGCAAGCGGUAUGCCAACGCAAAGGAUACCAACAGCUUCAUAUCGCAGUUCAACAAUUCUAACAAUUCAGUUACGAUGGUACCACUGCAUGUGCCCAGUGCCUCGACCAACAUGAUGCUGAAUUCGAGAACAAACAACAAGAAUGACCGGUCCAGUACCGGCGGUGAGCAGCAUGGUCGUCAAUCCAAACCAGUGCUGAGCAAUCACCAACAAAUCCUAAACAAUCUAGCCAUUUCGGCUGGGCUUACAGCGUCCGGUAGCAAUUCAACGUCUCUGCAGAACGGUCAUCAUAACCCUUCGAGUGCGGCUCAGCAGCAACAACUUCAAAUCGGUCGCCAAGGAAUGCGAAAGGAUGUUAGCAGUAUUAUAGCCGACUACCGGCAGAAGCACCCAGAAAAUGUGCCACGCCGUGGUCGUCGUUUGAAAAAUAUCGGUUCCGGUAGCAACAUCAACAACGGUAGUAGCGCAGGCAAUGGCGGCAGCAAUCUGGGAUCUUUCGGUGAUGGUGGUGCCAUUAGCCUCACGGCACUUUCAGGAGGCAAAUCCAGACCAAGCUCCGUAGACAAUAUUGCCCAUCGCCUUACGGAAUUAUUAGCUGCUGCUGAGAAUUCACGCCCGUCGAGCAAUGAUUCGAGUCAGAGCACCUCGAAUCUGCUCUCGUCUUUGGUGUCCGCGCAAUCAACUUCCGGUGCAGCCGGCCAGCAGUUCCUUAAGGACGUGCUGGCACAGUUUGCAAAGAUGAGCCAAAACGAGCAGUGCCUGCUGUCGAACCUGCAGUUGCUGUCCAAUGUUAAUGCCGCCGCUAACACGGUAUCGUCUCCGCAGCACUCUCCCCAGAACCUGCAGAACCAUCUGCCGAACCAUCAUCUGCACCACCAGCAGAAGCAAUCGGGCUCAAAAGGUGGUUCCCUGCCCGAGGUAACGCUGCAUCCCGUAAUGAACUCGACGGCACACUCCGAACUUCUUGGAUCUCAUAAUAACAGCCUGGCCGGUACCGCCACCAAUCUGAGCGCCGUCAACUCUAGCACAACAAAUUCGUUGUUACACGGAAUUCUCACAAAAUCGACUUCCAGACCGGCGAGUGCUGGUGGUGUUAGUGCGGCGACAGUGGCCAACAUUAACACAUUCUCUCCCACCCUGGCACGCCUACUGACGGCUCCGGAGCGGAUGGGUGGAUCACAGCAAUCCGCCACCGUAACGUCCGGUGCUCUGGUCAAUCUGCCCGCGAACAGUUUCGUCAGCGGGUUGAAUCUGUCGAAAAACAAUUCGGAAAUUUCGAUUACACCCGUCAUGGGGCCAAGCUUGCAACAGACACUGCUUGCUCAACAGCAACAGCAGAUGCAGGAACAGCACAAGCAACUACAACGUCUUCGGGAUCACCAUCUGUUCAAGGGCGAACCAUAUCUCAACAUUGACGACGAAGCGGAUGACAGUGUCGAUCGGUUAGUAAUCGACGAGGGUGGCGAUGAUACAGGAUUACGCGAUGCGAAACGACGCGGAGCAGAAAUCAAUGAGAACGAUGUGCCACAAUGUCAAGGCUGCAAGAAAAAUGAAGCCCAGUUUGUCUGCGCUGGCUGUAAAAAUCAGUGGUACUGUAGCCGAGAGUGUCAGGUUAACGCAUGGGAUGACCAUUCAGAGGUUUGCUUGUAAGCAGCGAGCAGCGACGUUUUCAUCAUAAUUCAUAAAAGUGUAUAAGUAUAUAGCAAAAGUUUUGAAAGUUCUAUAUAUUCGUAAUAUGUAGUUCUAUAUAUUGUGCUGAAAGCUACAACUUGUGGUGCACAAUAUUUCACUUUUGGGCGACACGGCACUGACCAAGCCUCUGUUGGCCCUGAAGACAUUUAAAAGUGCCCCAGAAGGCUUAACACAACAACCACUUAUAACUAACUAGUUGAGAGAUAGCAAACUCUGUACACAGUAACUUCUUCGCAAGACAAGUAAUGGUUCAAGAGUUUCAUUACUCUUUUGCAUAUACUACUGUAAGCUCUGGUGUCGCCACACGAUAGACCCGGUGCACCGAAUGUAUUUAGAGGAAUGUACAAUCGAAAGGAGAGAGCAAGAGAGAGAGGCGAGGCGACAUUCAAAGAGUUUUGUUGCAGAGGGCUUCGUUCAUUUUAAUGUGAUACUUUCAAUGCAAAAGGAAGAAACGCAUUUUCUUAUAAUCCCACAAUACCAUCAUUGUUUGCGUUAGGAGAGCAUCUGCCACCUUGGUCAGAUAAUGAAGAUUUAUGUAUAGAUGAAGCGGUCAAGCGCAUUUGAAAUCAUGAAUGAAAUAUUAGAAAGGUGUGCAGCUUAGCGUUAUCUUAUUAUAAUUUGCACUUUUGAUACGGAUUAUUUGUAAUAAUUGAAUUAAAGACUUGCCCAUCUCGGGUGGUCUUGCUUUUCAGUGCAGCUUAACUCACAAAUUGUGUGAGGCAUACUGUAGGUUCCACGCGACACUAUCUACCGGAGCUACUUGUGGGAGUAUAAUGAGCGCUAGGCCAUUGCAGGUCGGAUUCGUCAGCAUAUACAGUGUCCGUGGAACAUGAUAGGGAGUAGUGGUACAUGUUAUCCAAUAUUAUUAUUCGCAACAGAAGCAACAAUAAUUUUAUGAUUGUCUAGUUGUGUAGGAAUGGAAGAAAAGAAAAUAUGCGAGAUCGUCAAACGGUGGUGAAAACAACAGUGAAAGCCAAAUAAAAGUUUAAGAGUAAGUACAGCCGUUUCU